GACAGAAAUAGGGGGAUGCACAAACCCUACAUACAAAGUUUCGAUCUCGGCACGGUCUUGUUCAAAACUGAAUGCUGUAGUAGGUUUUAGAACAAUGAACCUGAGCAGAAACAGAAGAGGCUUAAAGCUGGUUUGACCACACCUUUAGUUUGGUAUUCUCUUUGAGGAUAUUAUUUUGAACAGCCAACCUACAUACAGUCAGUCACUGGAUUAAAGGUGUCAGGCAAGCCGGGCUCCUCUCAUAUCACAGCCCCAUGGAUCCAGAGGGGAGGUUGAACUUGAUGAAUGGGGUUGAUGCCUUAGUGCACCCUAAGAAACCUCAGGAAAGAGAGCAGUGGGCCAGUAAGCUGGAGUUUCUCUUGGCCGUGGCGGGUCACAUCAUUGGCCUGGGAAAUGUGUGGAGGUUUCCGUACUUGUGCUACAAGAACGGUGGAGGGGCAUUUUUUGUGCCAUAUGUACUGUUUCUUAUCACCUGUGGGAUUCCACUGUUUUUUUUGGAAACAUCAUUGGGUCAGUUCACCAGUCAGGGUGGAAUCACAUGCUGGCGGAAGAUCUGCCCACUUUUUGAAGGGCUUGGUUAUGGCAGCCAAGUUGUCAUUCUCUAUACUGGAGUCUAUUACAUCAUCAUUCUUGCUUGGGCAUUCCUCUACCUCUUCUCUUCCUUUAGUUCAGAGCUUCCAUGGGCCAGCUGCAAAAACUACUGGAACACAGAGCACUGCAAAGAGUUCAUCAAGAGCAACGUUACCGAAUAUUCUCCAGAGAAAACCACAUCUCCUGUUAUUGAGUUUUGGGAGAGAAGAAUUUUGGGUUUGUCUGAGGGAAUAGAACAGAUUGGUAAUGUUCGGUGGGACCUGGCUCUCUGCCUUCUGCUGGCCUGGAUCAUCUGUUACUUCUGCGUGUGGAAGGGAGUGAAGUCCACGGGCAAGGUGGUCUACUUCACUGCUACCUUUCCUUAUUUAAUGUUAGUAGUGCUGCUGGUGCGAGGACUCACGCUCCCCGGAGCAAAGAAUGGGAUCAUGUUCUACCUCUACCCAGAUCCAGCGCGUCUCACAGACCCUCAGGUGUGGAUGGACGCAGGCAGCCAGAUAUUUUACUCUUAUGGAGUUUGUACCGGGGUACUGACCACAUUGGGCAGCUACAAUAAAUAUGACAACAACUGCUACAGAGACUGUGUAUAUUUGUGUCUGCUAAACAGCCUAACCAGCUUUGUGGCUGGCUUUGCUAUAUUUUCUGUCCUGGGCUUCAUGGCAGAUGAACAGGGGAUGGAUAUUUCAAUGGUGGCUGAGUCAGGUCCUGGUUUGGUGUUCAUUGCUUACCCCCGUGCUGUGGCUCUGAUGCCCCUCCCCCAGUUAUGGGCAGUCUUCUUCUUCAUCAUGAUCAUAUUCUUGGGAUUGGAUAGUGAGUUUGUGUAUCAUGAAGCUCUGGUAACGUCUAUCACAGAUAUGUAUCCAUCCUUCUUCCAAACUGGACAUCGGCGUAAAUUUCUUCUCCUGUUUAUUUGCGCUGCCAGCUUCCUUGUUGGCCUGCUAAUGGUAACAGAGGGCGGUCUGUACGUCUUCCAGUUGUUUGACUACUACGCCUGCAGUGGAAUGACACUUCUUACUUUUGGCAUCUUACAGUCUAUCUGUGUUGGAUGGGUUUAUGGUGCAGAUCGUCUGUAUGAUGGAAUCGAGGAUAUGAUUGGAUACCGGCCCUGGCCGUUCAUGAAGUGCUGCUGGAAAUAUCUAACACCAGCUAUAUGCACAGGAACAUUUAUCUUCUCCCUGAUUAAAUACACCCCUCUGAAGUUCAACAAUGUGUACGAGUACCUCUGGUGGGGUUACGCCAUUGGGGCUUUCUUCACACUUUCCUCCACUCUGCUGGUUCCACUGUGGAUGAUUUAUUUGGUUUGCACCACGCCUGGUUCUAUGCGACAGAGAGUAAGAGUCUUAUGUACACCUGCUAAAGACCUGCCAGAUCCUAAAUGUCCUAAAAAGGAGAGAAACAGUCCGACUUUCGAGACCUUCACAGACCUCCUGACCUUACGUACUGCUCACAUACCAAACUCAAUACCUCCAAGAGACAUCAUCUAACUGUCCAGCAUUUCAGUCCGCAGUCCUCUGAUCUCACACGCGUGUGUGUGUGUGUGUGUGUUCAUGUUUGUAUAUCCCGGUGGGGACCUAAACCUGAAUGCACACCAACACAUGGGGACUCGUGUCACUGUGGGGACCAAAAUUGAGGUCAUCAUGGGCAAAAAAGCUUAUAAAUUGUACAGAACAAUAUUUUUAAAAAAUCUAAAAAUGCAAAAAGUGUUCUAUGAUCUUUAGGUUUAGGGGUUGGGUUAGGGGUAGGGGAUGAAAUAUACAGUUUGUACACUAUACAACUCAUUACGCCUAUGGACUGUCCCCACGGAGAUAGUAAACCAGACAUGCGUGUGUGUGUGUGUUCAUGUUUGUAUAUCCCGGUGGGGACCUAAACCUGAAUACACACUAACACAUGGGGACUCGUGUCACCGUGGGGACCAAAAUUGAGGUCCCCAGCGGCAAAAAAGCUAAUAAAUUGUACAGAACAAUAUUUUUUACAAAUCUAAAAAUGCAAAAAGUGUUCUAUGAUCUUUAGGUUUAGGGAUAGGGUUAGGGAUAGGGGAUAGAAUAUACAGUUUGUACAGUAUAAAAACAUUACGCCUAUGGACUGUCCCCACGGGGAUAGUCAACCAAAGCCUGUGUGUGUGUGUGUGUGUGCGCGUGUGUGUGUGUGUGUGUGUGUGUGUGUGUGUGCGUGCGUGUGUGUGCGUGCGUGCGUGUGGGUGUGUGGUGUGUGUGCGUGUGUGUGUGUGUGCGUGUGUGUGUGUGUGCGCGUGCGUGCGUGCGUGUUAAACAUUGCCAUUUAAUAAACAGAGGGAAAUGCUUUUUAAUGGUUUUUAAAAACUGUUUUUAACCACCUAUUAUGCUUUGGCUUUCUUUAGAAGAAAGGAAUAUGCUAGUCUGAUGUGUUUAAUAGGCUACAUGUUUUAAAAUGUACAAAUGUACAGAAGUGAAAUACUACUUUGUGAAGCAGAACUGUUUCUUUGUGCACUCUCAAUAAACCUGUUUAAAACAAGUUAUGUAAUCUAAUUAAAAUGAAUAUAAAAUGAUGUAUUUAAAAUGAUGGUGCAACUGGACAGCCUUAAAAUGAGCAAUCAGAUCUACAUUAAACAAAAACACAAAAUGAUGUGUCGUUCUUGCGCUAUCUACUGGAUAAGAAAGUUUCUGUUUCGCUUUAGAGUUAGAUUAGAGUUAGGUUAGAUUGCGGCAUCUACUGGACAAAAUGUAUUUUGACGCUGGGCAGUAACACUAUAGACACCAGGCAGUGGUCGAUCAAUAUAAGCUUUGCAAUAGUGCAUUCUUACAUUAAAGUUUAAACAACAUAAAAUGAACAUAGGUCAAUAUAACAUAGGAUAACAGAUAUAAGAAACACGAUUAUUUAAAAAAAUCCGGUCACACUUUAUUUUAAGGUCCAGUUCUCGGUUUUAGUAAACUAUUAACUACGACUUUUGCUUAGUUAACACUUAAUUUGUUGCUUAUUAAUAGUUAGUAAGGUAGUUGUUAGGUUUAGGUAUUGGGUAGGAUUAGGGAUGUAGAAUAUGGUCAGGCAGAAUAUGUGCUUUAUAAGUGCUUAUAAACAGCCAAUAUGCUAAUAAUAGGCAUGCUAAUAGUUAAUAGUGAGAAUUGGUCCUUAUACUAAAGUGUUACCAAAAACCCUUUGAAAAAUCCUUAAAUGUGAAGAAUCACACAGGAAAAUGGGAAAGUAUACUU